AUGUUUGAGUCUGAGGAGUACUCUGAUAGUGAGAAAUAUUUAAAGGUCUCUUUGGAGUAUAUCAAUUCGUUGCCAAGAGAGAAGAAGAUCAGUUAUUGCAAUAUUAUUCAAGAUAUUUAUAACCACCUUGGUAUCAUCCACUGUAAUAGAGACAACCAUCCUAAAGGAUUGCCUUACUUUGCUAAGGCAGAGCAGAUUUAUGAGUUAGUCAAAUGAAUUAAACUUCCAUGCCCACAGGUGAGGAAUAACUUAAGAGAGUUCCUUCGCGAGUCUAACUCUGAAUCUACAACUCCUAGUAAGAGUGAUGCAUAUGGGUUCAACACCCACAGUGUGCACGCUUUUUAUAUUGACGGAGGUAUUGAUAGAGUCCAAGUAGAGAGAAACUAUACUUUAACAUUAUUCUAUCUUGCUCAGGUUUAUACUAAGUUACAAAAGAGCGAGAAAGCAGUCGGAUAUUGCGCUCAAACUGUAAAGAGACAACUUGAAACUAAUGAGUACGAGGUUAAAGAUUGGAGUACAAAUUGUGUAAACUUGUCCGAAUAUUUUAUUGAAAACAACCACUUCAGCCAAGCAGAGUAUUGUCUUUUUGCAGCAAUUUCUAUUCUUCCUCCUCCAAACCAAGUUGAAGAAGAUCAGGAGCUAAGAGCAAUGCUUCAGGCCCAGAUUGGUCGGUACUAUCUCCAUAGGCUCAGAUUUGGAAUAGAUCUGCACAAGAAAGGUGCAAGUAUUGGAUUAGAAGGGCCUCUUUAUGACACAGUCCAUCGGAAAUUUAUUGAAUUUCCUUCCCUCAACCUGAAAUGGCCAGAGAUUACAGAUGUAAACGACAUUGAACAGGCAAAAUUCUUCUUUAGACUAGGAAACACUCAAUUUAAAUAAAGCAUUAGAAUUCUUCUCACUUGACGGAUAUGUGACAGAUAACUGUAGAGUCAAGAAAGACAUCUCAGAUUUGUACAAGUGUAUCAUUGAUAUGGAGCAGAGCAAGCCUCGGAUCUAUGCCAUGUACGAGAGAAGAAGAGAUUUGCUAGAGCCGAUUGUCUCCGUAAUUAACCCAGAAGCAUACGAAGCCCUUUGGACAGAGCUUAGUGUUGAAUUAGUCACAAUGCUGCAUGAAGCGUUUGAUUUAAAGUAUCAAGAGCUUAAGGAAGCCAAGAAGAUGCCUAAAAAAUCUCAAUUUGAGAUACUUAAUGUUUAUGGAAAGGGUGCAAUCAAGCAUGGUCUUCUUGUUGCUGAAAAGCUUGAAACACUAAAAGAAAUUGAAGAUAGAGAUUCUUAUGUCCAAUCAGUCAUCAAUCAAAGGCUAGCGGUUGGUAAAAUCUAUUCCAAACUUUACGAUAAGGAUAAGAAAGUCAUAGUAGAAUAUUAUUCCAAAGCUUUGGAAAACUACAAACAACUCGAGAAGCACUUGAAAGACUACAGAACAAGGAACGAUUUUACUCAGGAACUAGAAGAGCAGUUUAACCUCUGCAAGGAAAUGAUUGAUCUUCUCCCUAUAAAGAUGGAGAAGUUAAGAAAUGAAAGUUAG